GCCAAAAAUGUUCUCAAAAUUUCACUAUACAUAGCCUUCUUACCUUCCUAACUCUGCCUUUUGACUCUCUUCACAUUCUACUCCCCUCCCUUUCUCCACUUCUCCUAUCUUCUUUCUUUUCAGAAAAUGGAACCUCAAGAAGUGAACUUUUAGACCCAAGAAACCUCCAUUAAAGCUAAUAAAGCUCCAAUCUUUGAAGAUGAAACCUCAUAACAGUGCUUUGUACCAACACCAUUUUAGCUUAAACAAGAUUUUCUCGCUCAGUUUUUAUCUACAACCACUCUUUAUUCUCCUCCUCAUAAUCUUCUUUCUCCCUCCUGCUUCACCUGCUUCUGUUAAUGGCCUUCUCAAAGACUCUCAACAGCUUCUCUCCUUUAAAUCCUCGCUUCCCAAUACACAAACUCAGCUUCAGAACUGGUUGUCAUCUACAGACCCUUGUAGUUUCACUGGUGUUUCAUGCAAGAACUCUAGAGUUUCCUCUAUAGAUCUUACCAACACUUUUCUAAGUGUUGACUUCAUUUUGGUCUCUUCCUAUUUGCUUGGCCUCUCAAAUUUGGAGUCUUUAGUGUUAAAGAAUGCUAAUCUUAGUGGUUCUUUAACUUCUGCUGCUAAAUCCCAAUGUGGGGUUUCUUUGAACUCUAUAGAUCUAGCUGAAAACACAAUUUCAGGGCCUGUUUCUGAUAUCUCUAGCUUUGGUUCUUGUUCAAACCUUAAGUCUCUUAAUCUUUCCAAGAAUUUAAUGGACCCUCCUUCUAAAGAAGUUAAAGCUUCAACUUUUAGCCUCCAAGUUCUUGAUCUUUCUUUCAAUAAUAUCUCAGGCCAAAACUUGUUUCCUUGGCUUUCAUCUAUGAGGUUUGUUGAGCUUGAAUACUUUUCUGUCAAGGGUAAUAAACUAGCUGGAAAUAUUCCUGAGUUGGACUUGAGGAAUUUGUCAUAUUUGGAUCUUUCUGCCAAUAAUUUCUCAACUGGUUUCCCUUCAUUCAAAGAUUGCUCUAAUUUGGAACACUUGGAUUUGUCCUUCAACAAGUUUUAUGGUGAUAUUGGUGCUUCACUUUCUUCAUGUGGGAAGCUGAGUUUUCUCAACCUUACCAAUAAUCAGUUUGUGGGGUUAGUCCCUAAGCUACCAAGUGAAAGCCUAGAGUUUUUGUACUUAAGAGGGAAUGAUUUUCAGGGAUUUUUUCCAAGCCAACUUGCUGAUUUGUGUAAAACUUUAGUGGAAUUGGACUUGUCUUUCAAUAAUUUCUCAGGUUUGGUUCCUGAGAAUCUUGGUGCAUGUUCUAGUUUGGAGCUUCUUGAUAUUUCCAACAAUAAUUUCUCUGGUAAGUUGCCUGUUGAUACCCUCUUGAAGUUGAGUAAUUUGAAGACAAUGGUAUUGUCAUUCAAUAAUUUUAUUGGUGGUUUACCUGAGUCUUUCUCCAACUUGCUGAAAUUGGAGACUUUGGAUGUGAGUUCUAAUAAUAUCACAGGGUUUAUUCCUUCUGGUAUUUGCAAAGAUCCUAUGAGUAGCUUGAAAGUGUUGUACCUUCAGAAUAAUUGGUUUACAGGCCCUAUACCUGACAGUCUAAGCAACUGUUCUCAGUUGGUGUCACUUGAUCUUAGCUUUAAUUACUUGACUGGGAAAAUACCAUCUAGUUUGGGGUCAUUGUCAAAGUUGAAAGAUCUUAUCCUUUGGUUGAAUCAGCUCUCUGGGGAAAUCCCACAGGAGUUGAUGUACUUGAAAUCAUUGGAGAAUUUGAUUCUUGAUUUUAAUGACUUAACUGGAUCAAUCCCUGCAAGUCUUAGCAACUGUACCAAUUUGAACUGGAUUUCAAUGUCAAAUAACUUGUUGAGCGGCCAGAUACCAGCUUCUUUAGGUGGUUUGCCCAAUCUAGCCAUUCUAAAGCUUGGGAACAACUCAAUCUCAGGGAAUAUCCCUGCUGAGUUGGGUAAUUGCCAGAGCUUGAUAUGGUUGGAUCUCAAUACUAAUUUGUUGAAUGGCUCCAUUCCGGGGCCUUUGUUCAAGCAAUCUGGCAAUAUUGCUGUGGCCUUGCUCACCGGCAAGCGUUACGUGUAUAUCAAGAAUGAUGGAAGUAAGGAGUGUCAUGGAGCAGGGAAUUUGCUGGAAUUUGGAGGGAUCAGACAGGAACAGCUGGAUAGAAUCUCAACAAGGCAUCCUUGCAAUUUCACAAGAGUUUAUAGAGGUAUUACUCAGCCAACAUUUAACCACAAUGGCUCUAUGAUUUUUCUUGACUUGUCCUAUAAUAAGUUGGAAGGUAGUAUCCCAAAGGAAUUGGGGUCCAUGUACUAUCUGUCUAUAUUGAAUUUGGGGCAUAACGAUUUCUCUGGUGUGAUUCCUCAAGAACUUGGAGGGUUGAAGAAUGUAGCAAUUCUUGAUCUGUCUUAUAAUAGGCUGAACGGAUCGAUUCCGAAUUCCCUCACCAGCCUCACUUUGCUUGGAGAGCUUGACCUGUCGAACAAUAAUCUCACUGGACCUAUUCCUGAAUCAGCUCCAUUUGAUACAUUCCCGGAUUAUAGGUUUGCGAAUACUUCGCUUUGUGGGUAUCCUCUCCAACCUUGUGGCUCGGUAGGGAAUUCGAACUCAAGCCAACACCAGAAGUCUCACCGCAAACAAGCAUCGUUGGCAGGGAGUGUGGCGAUGGGUUUGUUGUUCUCCCUCUUUUGCAUCUUUGGUUUGAUUAUUGUUGCCAUAGAGACGAAGAAGAGGAGGAAGAAGAAGGAGGCUGCUCUUGAGGCGUAUAUGGAUGGUCAUUCCAAUUCCGCAACUGCAAACAGCGCGUGGAAAUUCACGAGUGCUCGUGAGGCAUUAAGCAUCAACCUCGCUGCAUUUGAGAAGCCUCUAAGGAAGCUCACAUUUGCAGAUCUUCUCGAGGCCACCAACGGUUUCCACAACGACAGUCUUAUUGGCUCGGGUGGUUUCGGUGAUGUCUACAAGGCUCAGUUGAAGGAUGGCAGUGUUGUAGCCAUUAAGAAGUUGAUUCAUGUCAGCGGACAAGGUGAUCGAGAAUUCACAGCUGAAAUGGAAACUAUUGGGAAGAUCAAGCACCGGAAUCUUGUUCCUCUUUUGGGAUACUGCAAAGUAGGUGAAGAAAGACUGCUGGUUUAUGAAUACAUGAAAUAUGGAAGUCUUGAAGAUGUUCUGCAUGAUCGGAAGAAAAAUGGGAUCAAGCUUAAUUGGCAUGCAAGAAGGAAAAUUGCCAUUGGAGCUGCAAGAGGGUUGGCUUUCCUACACCACAACUGCAUUCCGCACAUUAUUCACAGGGACAUGAAAUCAAGUAAUGUCUUGCUUGAUGAAAAUUUGGAAGCCAGAGUAUCCGAUUUCGGAAUGGCAAGGCUAAUGAGUGCUAUGGACACUCAUUUGAGUGUGAGUACCUUAGCAGGAACUCCCGGCUACGUUCCUCCUGAAUAUUACCAGAGCUUUAGGUGCUCGACGAAAGGAGAUGUUUAUAGUUAUGGUGUUGUUUUACUUGAGCUCCUAACUGGCAGAACGCCAACGGAUUCAGCUGAUUUUGGCGACAAUAAUAUUGUUGGAUGGGUAAGGCAGCAUGCUAAGCUGAAAAUAAGUGAUGUCUUCGAUCGAGAACUAUUGAAGGAAGAUCCAAGCAUUGAGAUUGAACUUCUACAACACUUAAAGGUAGCUUGUGCUUGCUUAGAUGAUCGACAUUGGAAGCGUCCAACGAUGAUUCAAGUAAUGGCAAUGUUCAAGGAGAUUCAAGCAGGGUCGGGCAUCGAUUCCUCGUCCACGAUUGCAGCUGAUGAUGUGAAUUUUAGUGCAGUUGAAGGAGGGAUAGAAAUGGGCAUAAGUGAAAGUAUAAAAGAAGGAAAUGAGCUGAGCAAACACCUAUGAAGGUCAAAAUUUUCCAAAUUCUUUGGCAAAGAAUGCAACAAAGAAGGAUUGAGGUGCUGAGAAUUUGUUUCAGCUCUCAAAAUUUUCCCACUUCACCAUACCACUUUCCAAAAAAAAAAGAUCAUAUGCAAAAAAAGUUGCCAGUGUAAUUUUUAGCCAUUAUUGUAUGUACCACUAGUUCCCUCCAUAAAAUCUUGUUAUUAUACAUAAAAAGAAGGUUGUUUUAAUUAACUUGUAACACUGUUGUAUAUAAAUAGUCUUGAGUUUGUUUUUGCUACUUUUA